AUGCGGGUGGAGGAUCUCGACGAGGCUAUCUCAUCGCUGUCCCUGUUCCCGACGGGGAACGCGACGGAGGAGGACGUGAGCCGGGGCCUUGCCGCCUGCGACGCGAUGGUCGCGGCCGCCGCCACGUUCCUGUAUGUGGAGCGGCGGAUGAGCGCCGGCAUGUGGGACGGCAACGGCGUGUCCAACGACGGGAGCCUGCGCCGGCUUCAGGAGAGCAGGCCGGACCUCUCCGCCGCCGUCCAGGAUUCCUACCAGGGCGCCUUCGCCGCUCCGGUGGCUCUUCAGCGGAGCAACGGCGAGCGGGUGCUGGUGGACAACAUGCGUCGUGCCGUGCCCCUCGUCUCCUUCCUCGAGAACGCAGACUGCAAGAAGACGACGACGACGACGACGUGGGAGGCGGCGGCGGUGGACCAGCGGCUUCCCUUGCUCAUAAGGUCCGUCGUGCAACAGCCGCCGCCGGAUGAGGAGGACAUGCAGAUGCAGCUGGGCAGUUCGCCGGCGGCGGCGGCGACGGCGUGCGGCCAGGCCAAGCCGACGGUGCGGCUGGUCGGUCCGGAAGGGAGGUGCGUGGACGUGCCCUACGGCGUCUACUACAACGACAAGCAGGUGCAGCUGUGGAGCUGCAAGUCCAACGGCGACGUGAACCAGCUCUGGACGCUGAAGCAGGACGGCACCAUCCGGUCUAACGGCAAGUGCCUGGCGGCCAGCAGCAGCGACACGGUGGGCGUGCGCGUGGUGAUCGACGACUGCCCGCCGCGCGUCCCGACGGAGCGCGUCGUCUAGGAGGUCCGCGUGGACGGCACCAUCGCGCUCAAUGGGUCGUCGUCGUCCGGCAGCGGCGGCGGUGAGCUGGUGCUGGCCGUGACGUCGUCGACGCAGUUCGCGGGGCUGACGGUGCGACGGGACGACCGCGGGACGGGGCAGUCGUGGACGCCGACCAACGACACCGCGCCGCUGGACGCCGCCAUCGUCGGGUUCCGCGACCUCUUCCUGCAGGCGGACAAGUGCGACUACGACUACGACUGCGACUGCACAGGCGUCAUGCGCGAAUGGAAACGUCUGCUAGCUAGUACAACGUUCCAUUUGCCUGCUGUCCCCUCGUCCUCGUAG